AUGGCGGACCGCAUAUUCGAGCGCAUCCUCAACCAGACAGCCGCGGGGGCAAAUGAGGAGGAGCAGCUGCGCAAGCUGUCCAGUGGCAUGACGGCGGGGGAUGCCAUCAAGCGCAUCCUGCUGGCAGCCAAGGAUCGAGACUACUUCAGGCAAGGGGCGCUGCUGCUGGAGCUGCCGCCGCCCGAGGUUGACGCCCUGGGGCACCCCUGCUGGCCUGCGGGCGCCACCGAGGUCAGCAAGGCCUACCGCAAGCUGUCGGUGCUGGUGCACCCCGACAAGAACCCCGGGGAGGCGGCGCGGCAGGCGUUUGAGGCGCUGAAUGAGGCGCACCGCACGCUAAAGGACCAGAGCAAGCUGGAGGGGGUGCUGAAGGAGCACCUGGAGGCAGCCCAGAAGCGUGCUGAUGAGGCGCUGGCCAGCGCCAGCCUGGAGGAGCGCGUGGUGCUGCAGGCGCAGCAGGCGCAGCAGGCCAAGGCGCUGAGGAAGGCGCAGGGCAAGUCGUUCCAGGCUGAUGUGAUGCGGCAGAUGCGGGAGCGGCAGGAGGCGGCCAAGCGGAAGCGGGAUGCGGCAGAAAAGUCUCGGUACAGGCGGCAGGAGGAUGAGGAUGAGGAUGGGCAGCAGCAGGACGAGGAGGAGCAGGAGCAGCAUCGGCGGCGGCAGCAGCAGCAGGAGCAGCAGGCGGGGGGCAGCAGCGAGGAUGAGGAGGAUGCGGCGGCCCGGCGCAGGGCGCUGGCCAAGAAGCGGCAGAAGCAGCGCAAGCCCAGCGGCAUGUGA